CCUCCUUCUCCUCGAGUUGUAACCUGUCUCUUCAACCCUAGCAUAGAGGGUUUUUGCUCUUAAACCCUUUUUUUGAUCAAGCUCCUAAUUUAGGUUUAUUGGAGGUGAUAAAAUGCUUGUGCUGUUUGAAACACCUGCGGGUUUUGCCCUUUUUAAAGUGCUGGAUGAAGGCAAGCUUUCUAAAGUUGAGAACGUAUGGAAGGAAUUUUCCAGUGCAGAUGCGGCUAGACAGGUGGUCAAGUUGAAAGCAUUUUCUAAAUUUGACAACACUUCGGAAGCUCUAGAGGCAGCUACUUUGCUGAUUGAUGGAAAAGCUAGCAAGGGUUUGCGCAAGUUCCUGCGUGCUCAUUGUGAAAAUGAAAAAUUAGGCGUAGCAGAUUCAAAGCUUGGGAAUGUGAUUAAGGAGAAAUUGAAAAUCGAUUGUAUUCACAACAAUGUUGUUAUGGAGUUGAUGAGAGGUGUUAGACAUCAUCUAAAUGAACUUAUAUCUGGUCUAGCUGUACAAGAUAUGGCCCCGAUGAGUUUGGGUUUAUCUCAUAGCUUAUCCAGAUACAAGCUGAAGUUUAGUGCAGAGAAGGUGGAUACGAUGAUUGUCCAGGCUAUUGGCUUACUUGAUGAUCUUGAUAAAGAGCUGAAUACAUAUGCCAUGAGGGUUCGAGAAUGGUACGGUUGGCAUUUUCCAGAGCUUACUAAAAUAAUACAGGAUAAUAUCCUUUAUGCAAGGGCAGUCAAGUUGAUGGGUGAUCGUGUUAAUGCCGCAAAGCUUGAUUUCUCUGAGAUUUUGCCAGAAGAAGUUGAGGCAGAACUGAAGGAGGCGGCUGUGAUUUCUAUGGGUACUGAAAUUGGUGAGCUUGACUUGGCAAAUAUUAGAGAACUCUGUGACCAGGUUUUGUCUCUUUCAGAGUACAGAGCACAACUCUAUGAUUAUUUAAAGAGUAGGAUGAACACCAUUGCUCCUAAUUUGACUGCUAUGGUUGGGGAGCUUGUUGGUGCUCGCCUCAUUGCCCAUGGCGGUAGCUUAUUGAAUUUAGCAAAGCAGCCGGGUAGUACUGUGCAGAUUCUGGGUGCUGAGAAGGCUCUGUUUAGGGCACUGAAAACGAAGCACGCCACCCCAAAGUAUGGGCUUAUAUACCAUGCCUCCCUUAUAGGGCAGGCAGCUCCAAAGUUAAAGGGGAAAAUAUCUAGGUCUCUUGCUGCAAAGACAGCAUUGGCUAUCAGGUGUGAUGCGCUUGGAGAUGGCCAAGAUAACACCAUGGGAUUGGAGAACAGAGCCAAGCUUGAAGCACGUUUGAGGAACCUUGAAGGCAAAGAAUUAGGUCGUUUUGCUGGUUCUGCUAAAGGAAAGCCCAAGAUAGAAGCAUAUGACAAGGAUCGAAAGAAAGGAGCUGGAGGACUAAUAACUCCGGCUAAGACAUAUAAUCCUGCAGCUGAUUCAGUUAUUGGGCAAAUCGCUAAUUCUGCUAUGGAUGAAGAUACACAAGAGCCUUCUGUGGCUGAUAAAAAGAAAGAAAAGAAGAAAAAGAAGGCGGAGAAAAAUGAAGAGGAUGAUUCAACUUUGCAAGCUGAUGGAGAUGCUGGUGAGGUACCAGAGCAUGAGGUUGGGAAAAAGGAGAAGAAAAAGAGGAAGGAUUCUUCUGAGCAUGUUGAGUUGCAGAAUGGGGACAGCAAUUUGAAUGGAGGAGAAAAGAAGAAAAAGAGAAAAAAGCACGCAGAGCAAGAAGAAUCAGCUGAAAUGCCAAGCAAAAAGAAAGGAAAGAAGAAGAAAAAUGAGACUAAAGCGGAAUAAAUCUGUAGUCAUCAGCUCCGUACUUUUUUCGGUAUAAUUUUUGCUUUUUCAACUAUUUGUAGCUUUAUUCAUCCUAAUUAAUUAUUUAAUGGGAUAAGUUUUGUGUUUCCAAACUCGAGUGGACAAUUUGAUGCAAUCAUGUCUAUGAAUGGAAAAUGGUAGUGAUAUAUCCUUUGUAAUGUUAUUUAGGAGGCGCGAUGAGUUUUUUUAGAUUUCCGAGGGAAGUGACAUUGAGAAUUUUUAUCUAUCCAAAUUUGGCAUAAGUAUUGUAAUUUUUUUUUUUCGAAAAUGUAAUUUUUUUAAGGUUUUGAUUUGUAAAGGGGGUGUUUGAUAGGACCAUUUUUUAGAUGUUUCGGAA